AUGGAUGAGUGUCCUGAGAUGCAUGUGGGCGACAUGGGCGAGAGACAGCCAGCUGACUUUGACAUUGCAGAAGGGGAUCUCUGGCAAGAUGGCUCCCUCAGUCAGGCUGCAUGCGAAGACGAUGACACGAACAUUCUGAAGAUUCUUUCAGACAUGAAGAAACGCUGGUUGCAGAUGAUCCAUUUCAUGAAGGAUCCGCUGGGGCACUUGCUAAAGUUUUCACUCUCACUUCACGCAAAGCAUGCGCAGGACAGGUGUUCUGGAGAGUUCCAGAAGGAGACCCGGACGCGGUGCCUUGCCUGGGGUUGGCGGUCUUCCAAGCAUGGUUGCCCAACGAAGAACCGGAGUAAAUCGGAGGUGCUCGUCGAAGCUGACGAUCCAAGUCUUGCUGAGGAUGAUGCAUGGGAUGUCUUGGAGGAAGACCUGGGUGAUUUCGUGGACGAAGAAGCCAUUAAGCAAGACUUGCUAGCCGAGAUUCAGACGAUGCGCGACAGCCUGGAGCUCAACUUUGCUCAUGCUCCAUAUGCGUCCGCGUUGAGUGCAGUGCGAUGUCAAGACAAAGAGCUUCUUGAAGAGGAGGAGGAGGAGGAUGCCACAGAGUGGGAAAUGUGGCAAGUCGACGAGGAGGAGUUCGGUGCCGUGGAAGAAACAGCAGCAGAAGCAGAGGACCAGCGUGCCCAGACGGCAGCUGCUUCUCGCCCAGCCCAGUCGCAAAACGCGGCGGGAGUCCGGAUGAUGCUCCCAUCCAGCAAGAAGAAGCCUAUGCCACCAUCAGAACCACCAAGUUGGUACCGUGCAGAUGCUGGCAAGGCAGACCGUCGUGAUGGCAAAGAGCUGAAGGGCACUUGGACUUCGCCCCCACAGACACGGGUCAAAGGUGGCAAAGGAAAGCAAGCCAAAGGCAAAGCGAAUGAGCGCAAGAGAAGGGUGGAGUAUGAUGGCGGGCAUGCCCCGCCCUUGAGGAGAAAGAGCUGGCCGGACAAAAGUCGGGUUGUGUUUCAGGCAGGUGAAAACUGGAAUGGUCAUGACAGAUCUGAUUCUGACUGGCACGGUUCAAGCCGGGGAGGGAGGAGCCGCGAAGGCACCAGACACGGAAAGUCAAAGUGCGACUGGUCGCAGGAUUGGACGGAUUGGAAGGCUUGGAGAGAUGAUGGCGACGGCGAAGGCACCGCCUUGGAGCAAAAGAAGCAGGAGCAGCAAAAGAGCGGCCGCGGCAGCCCUUCCAGCUCCACGAGAGUCACGAGAGGUUGGAGCUGGAAGCGCCGCUGA